AGAGGAAACUGCUCCCUGACUGAUAAGCAGGCACUGCAAUAGAGAGACACAUGCUGUUUCAUAAGGAUACUCCUGAUUUCCAGAUAUGACCAUGUUUUUGUGGCUUGAACUCUUGGCAUUUGGCUUUGCCCUUCUGGACAACAAUGUUUUUGUCAAAGGGCAAAGUCAGAACUCUACUGUAACUGAUAAUUCCAGUAUGACAUCCUUGCACAGCACCAUUUCACCAUCUAUGAGCCUUACUCCAACCAGCACUACAUCAAACAUGCCUGAGUCUUCCUCAGACACCACACAUUCCAUGACAACGACUACUCCACCUUUCAAAAAUGGAACCACAGCAGUAACGACUCCUCCCAUAAUUUGUGGCAAAAUUACUCUUACAAUGGAAAAUUACACCUACACUCAGAACUCAGGCAAUGGAAAACUGAAAGUUUGGGAUCAAAAUAAAGAAAUAACUCCACUCACUCUUAAAUGUAAAUCCAAUUGUACUAUAGAAAACGAUACUAUCGGAGGACUUCAGGAAUGUCAAACAUAUGACAUUGAAAUAGAAGUUUGUAACACCACUUUAUAUCCAAUUCAUGUCCCACCUGAUAAAACAAAUUUCAACUUUACAUAUGAAGGAAUAAGUAACAGCUCUUUGCGUUUAAGUUGGACUAGAAACUCCUCACUUAAAUGUAAUUUGACCUAUUCGUAUGCCUGUCAUAAUGGUACAACAAAUUUCAACUUUACAUAUGAUGGAAUAAGUGACAGCUCUUUGCCUACGUGGACUAGAAAAUGCUUGGACAAUCACUGUAUAGAGCUGACGGGUCUGUCAGCCAACACCCCUUAUUAUUGUACUUCAAAAAUCUUGUUUGAAACUGACAAAAUGAUCAAAGAAGGUACGGCAAAUAUAACAACAGAUUAUGGAACACCAAAGCAGCCUUCAAAACGUGGUCCAGAAACUACAACUCCUACAAGUGUAUCAUUUAACUGGUCUGAACCAUCAGAUAAAACAAAUGGCCCUAUUGAUGGCUAUGUAGUGAAAUGUAAUGAAAGCUGUAAAGAAGUGGACGUUUGGCAUAACACUUCUUAUAACUGUACAGGAUUUAGUCCUUACACAAAAUAUAAUGUGAUAGUUAAGGCAUACACCAAUACAAAGAAAGGACAACAACUUUUCGGGGAAUUUUUGACUUUUACUGGAUGCACAAAUUCAUCAAAACCAGAUCCAGUGAAGAAUAUCCAUGUAAAGCUUCUAUCCAAUAAUGCGGUCCACAUUACAUGUCAGGGGGGUAAGGCAAAUGGCAAAUUAACAAAUUUCACAUUGAAAUGGGAUGGAAGAGACUUUAACAAUUCCAAGUGUGAAUUUUUUCAAUACAAUCUUUAUUACUUGACCACAUACGACAUUGAGAUUUACAUGUACAAUGGAGAGUAUCAGGGGGAUCCUGUCAAACGUGAAGUAACAACAAAAUACAAUUCUCAAGCCCUGAUUAUAUUCCUGGCGUUCUUGAUUAUUGUGACAUCAAUUGCCUUACUUAUUGUUCUGUAUAAAAUCUAUGAUCUCCACAGAGAAAAAUUAAGCAAUUCAGGUGAAGAUGUGGUGCUUGUUAAGAGGGAUGACGAAAAACAACUGAUGAACGUAGAGCCUAUUCCUGCAGAAAUGUUGUUGGAAACCUACAAGAGAAAGAUUGCUGAUGAAGGAAGACUUUUCCUUGAUGAGUUUCAGAGCAUUCCCAGAGUUUUCUCUAAGUUCUCAAUAAAGGAAGCACGCAAAAACUACAACCAAAACAAAAACCGUUACAUUGAUAUUCUCCCUUAUGAUUAUAACCGAGUUGAACUCUCAGAGAUGGAUGGAGACCCAGGAUCAGACUAUAUAAAUGCAAGCCAUAUUGAUGGUUUCAAAGAACCAAGGAAGUACAUUGCUGCCCAAGGCCCCAAGGAUGAGACCACUGAUGAUUUCUGGAGAAUGAUCUGGGAACACAAGGCAACAAUUAUUGUUAUGGUGACUCGCUGUGAAGAAAAUAAUAGGAACAAAUGUGCCCAAUACUGGCCAACAACGGAGAAUAGCACUGAAACUUUUGGGGACAUUGUUGUGAAGAGCAAUGAAAGUAAAACGUGUCCUGACUACAUUAUUCAGAAACUGCAUAUUACAAAUAGAAAGGAGAAGACACCUGGGAGAGAUGUGACGCACAUUCAGUUCACUAGCUGGCCAGACCAUGGAGUGCCUGAAGAUCCUCAUCUUCUCCUCAAAUUACGCCGCAGAGUUAAUGCUUUAAGCAACUUUUUUAGUGGCCCAGUAGUGAUUCAUUGCAGUGCUGGUGUUGGACGUACUGGAACCUAUAUUGCGAUCGACGCUAUGCUGGAGGGGCUGGAGGUAGAAGGCAGAGUGGAUGUUUAUGGCUAUGUUGUAAAGCUCCGUCGACAGCGAUGCCUCAUGGUUCAAGUGGAGGCACAGUACAUCCUGAUCCAUCAAGCACUGGUGGAAUACAAUCAGUUUGGUGAAACAGAGGUCACUCUCUCUGAACUGCACACCUACCUUAAUAAUCUGAAGAAAAGAGAUCCUCCCAGUGACCCCUCUCUGCUGGAAGCGGAAUUCCAGAGGCUACCAUCCUACAGGGGAUGGCGGACACAGAACACUGGCAAUCGACAGGAAAAUAAAAGUAAAAACCGGAAUUCCAAAAUGAUUCCAUAUGACUUUAACAGAGUACCAAUUAAACAUGAAGAGGAGAAAAGCAAAGAGAGUGAACAUGAUUCAGAGGAAUCAUCUGAUGAGGACAGUGAUUGUGAGGAAGCAAGCAGAUACAUAAAUGCAUCAUUCAUAACUGGCUACUGGGGUCCAAAAGAAAUGAUUGCAACACAAGGGCCACUACCAGAAACGAUCAAUGACUUCUGGCAAAUGAUCUUUCAAAGAAAAGUCAAAGUAAUUGUUAUGUUGACAGAGCUGAAAGAAGGAGAUCAGCAACUCUGUGCACAGUACUGGGGAGAAGGAAAGCAAACAUAUGAAGGUAUAGAAGUUGAAAUGAAAGAUGUCAACCUGUCUUCUAGCUACACCAUACACGCAUUUGAUGUAACACAUGUGAAGAGGAAAGAAACUCGAAAUGUGUAUAUGUACCAGUACCACAAGUGGAAUGGCUUGGACCUUCCUGAAAAUCCCAAAGACUUAGUCACCAUGAUUCUGAACCUCAAACAAAAACUUGCAGUUAAAUGUGUCACUGAGGACAUCAGAUGCAGCCGGAGCAUUCCAAUUGUCAUUCACUGCCGUGAUGGAUCUGAACAAACUGGUGUAUUUUGCGCCUUGUUGACCCUCUUGGAAAGUGCAGAAACAGAAGAUGUGAUAGAUGUCUUCCAAGUAGUGAAAUCUCUUCGACGUGCUAGGCCGGGAAUGGUCCCCACUUUUGAACAAUACCAGUUCCUGUAUGAUACUAUUAGCAGCAUCUACCCUGCACAGAAUGGACAAGUAAAGAAAAACAGCAAGCAGGAAGAUACAGUUGAAAUUGACAUGGAAGCAGAUAAAACAGAUCAGGAAGCUAAUUUGAUUACUAUGGAUAUCAUCUCACUGGAGUCAGAGGCCAAUAUGAAUAUGGAAGCGCGAGAAGAUUCCAAAUCUGCAGAUGGCAUUCAGGGACCAGAAAGCUCUUCAAAUGGACCCAAGACUCCAGUUUUAACUGAGAGUGCAUAGAAAACUAUAUGAAAUUUGGAUGUACAAAGGAUCUUAAACAGAAUAAGUAGUAGAGAUUUGAUCUUGAGUUAAUUUUUCAAAGGUACGGUAUGGAAAGAAUACUUGAAAUUUGUGGAUAAUGUAAUGCACUGUGAAAAUUUAAUGUCUGUGUAGAUUUGCAUUUUAUUCCUUUCAAAUUAUUUGAAUUAUUUUUGAUCUUUUUACAAAUCUGUAUAUUGUAAUGCUGAUUUUCAUUAUGGUCUGGUAUUCAGGAGUGGAAAGAAAAGUCAUGCUACCUUUUUUCAAUCUUAUUUUUUGUUAUAAGAAAGUAAGUAGCCAGGACCGGAAUCUCUAACAAUGUACAGUCAUAAAUAUAAAGUUAGAAGUAUGGCAAAUAUGAGUUUUCUUGUAAGUAACUAUUGUCUUACUAUCUUUAAAUUGACUUAGUGGGUAAGGAAUAUGGCCUGAAUUUCAGAAAUGCAAUUCCUAUUGACUUUAGUUAGGGUUGUGCUUGCUUUGCAGGUGCUUUGCAGAACAGCAAAGCCAUAUCUGGGUCAUAUCUUACAGCUCCAUCAAAGUCUAUGGGGUUUUAUACUAGCUGAGUAACUGGUCCCACACAUCCUUACCAAUCUAGGACUGUAAGCUUUGCAUUUUUCUAACUGGCCUCAAGAUGUCCUCAUUGCUCCAUACAAAUCCAUCUGAGGCUUCAAUAUUUGAAAGAAGAAAGUCCAGAACUCAGAGUAUUGAUUGAUUGGAGAAACUUUGAUAGUUAAUUGAAUUGACAUUUGGCAACUUGAGAUCUCAUGUGUUACCACAACUGCUUCUUGUGCUAAUUUUUUCUAAUUUAAAGAGAGAGCUUCUGCAAAAGUGUCGUACCUAUUAUGUAUAUUCAACAUUCCAAAAUACUAUGCUACUAAUAGUACAUGCUACUAGCACAUUGCUGAUUUUAUUUAGUAGUUUCGUAAUAUGAUGAUGAUUUGUAUGUUACAGUUUGGAUUAUUUUACUAUUGCCUUAGUGGAUUUCAGCCUAAUCUUUUAAAGCCAAAUAAAAAGGACAAUUAAUAAAUUG